AAAAUGCUUAUGAAACAACAGGACCCGCCUAGAGGAGCGGGAACAAGACAUUGAAGACCAACUGUACAAACUGGAAUCUGACAAGAGACUAGUGGAGGAAAAGGUAAACCAGCUGAAGGAUGAAGUCCGACAGCAAUACGAGAGAUUGCACCAGAUUCUGGAUGAAGACAUGAGGAAAACCAUGGAUGUUCUGGAUAAGGCUCAAGCCAAAUUCUGCAAUGAGAAUGCAGCCCAGGUUCUUCAGCUAAAUGAACGUAUGCAAGAAGCCAAAAAGCUACUGAGCUCUGUACAGGUCAUGUUUGACAAAACAGAGGACAUCAACUUUAUGAAGAAUACAAAGUCUGUGAAAAUCCUGAUGGACAGGACUCAGAACUGUACUGGGGGAAGCCUUCCUCCACCGAAAAUUGGGCAUCUGAACUCCAAACUCUUUCUGACAGAAAUUGCCAAGAAAGAGAAACAACUGAGAAAGAUGCUGGAAGGUCCAUUCAGCACACCUGUGCCAUUCCUGCAGAGCAUUCCUAUGUACGCAUGCAAUGUAAGCAGCUCAGGGGCAGAAAAGCGCAAGCAUUCAACUGCAUUCCCUGAAGGCAGCUUCCUUGACCCGGCACCAGGAACUGUAAGUGGCCAGUACAUAAGCCAGGGUUCUUCCACUGGUGAGGGCCAGUCAACGCAACCCAUGGUGCCUUGCAGCUCCACUCAACAUAUCGUAGGACUUCCCAGCGGCCCACAGCCGGUCCACUCCAACUCUGUCUUCAACCCCUCCCACUACCCAAAUAGCUCCUCAUCUCAACAGUCUGUCCUUUCCCAGUAUGGAGGACGCAAGAUCCUGGUCUGCUCUGUGGACAACUGUUAUUGCUCCUCAGUGUCCAAUCACAGUGGACACCAGCCGUAUCCCAGGUCUGGCCACUUCCCAUGGACAGUCUCUUCCCAGGAGUACUCUCAUCCUCUUCCACCCACCCCAUCUGUAACACAGUCUCUUCCAGGACUCGCUGUGAGAGAAUGGAUUGAUGCUUCCCAGCAGCAUGGCCGCCAAGAUUUCUACAGGGUCUAUGGGCAGCCAGCCACCAAGCACUAUGUCACCAGUUAA